AUGAUGCUCCGCCUCUCACGCCGCCGUCUCGCCGCGUCCACUGGCGGCUUCUCGUCCGCCGCCUUCACCGGCGACGACGGCGGCACCUACGAGAGACGCAAGGGUGAGCAGGAGCGGCUGAAGCGCGAUCAUCAGCAGGAGGGCGCGGAGGCGCAGGAACGGCAGCCCCACAACGGAGGUGAUGCCCAGCACGCAGGCACACCUGUAUCUGUCUCGAUGUCAUCAUCGUCCUUCUGGGAGGAGCCGUGCUCCCCAAGUGGGUUUCACGGCACAAGGGGCAGCAGCAGCAGUGGCAGUGGCACCGCCGCCAAUACUGCUGCAGCCGAUGCGCCCCUUGCGCGACCGACGAUUGACACGUACCGCGCGAUGACAGACAGCGAGCUUAUCGAGACACUGCGGACCCGCGACGAACAGAUUCAUCAACUACGUGCUAUCUACGAGGGCUUCCACUACGAGGCGGACAAGCACUUUCGAAAAAUGAUCUUUGACUACCACGACAAGACGAUGCAGCUGUCGCAGGUACACGGGCGCAUGCAGCAGGCCUCGCUGCAGAUCAACCGCGAGGCCCUUUCGAAGAUGCGUGAUGAGCAGGAUAUGAUGACACGCGACAAGCGCAUCAUCUUCACCAUCUGCACGCUAUGGACGCUUAUCUUCUGGGUGUGGGUACGCCGUCACUACGUGAAGCGGCGUGAGCUGGAGCUGGAGCCGCUGGAUGGGCGGGAGUGGGCGCAGAUGAGUCCCUCCGUCACCGGCGCCGGCAGCUACAACGAGAACGUUUUUGGCAGCAACAAGCGCAAUGCGCGUUUUACUGAGACGGCGUGGGAGCGCGAACUGCGCGAGCGCCGUGAGGCGCAAAACCUGCGAGACCAGGAGGCCGCCCUUCUUCGGAACCAGAUGGAGCUGCAGAAAGCUGUGGCGGCGCAGCGGGGGCAGCCGCAAGCGUGUGCUGGUGACUCUUGA